GUGAAUGUACACACGUGAUAUGGGUCAGUACAUGCAUGAAUAUUCCAUUUCGCAUAUUAUUUGUCGAAAAGCAAGAUGCUGCACCAUUCUAAACCUAGAAUGCGCAAUAUGGGCUGUGUUGUUGCCCGACUCCGCCAUGCAUCGCCCGUAUAUGAUACAAUCUGCCUUAACGAGGCUUGUUGAUUCUUACCUGUCUGCCAGCCAACUACCACUAUUUCACUUGCCAGGAUUCUAUCAUCCUUGCCUAAAUAGUCUAUGAUGCCAUGGGAGGUCAUCCCCAGGCGCCUUGUCGAUCAGACGCUUCACUACAAAAGCAGCCGCCCCAGCCUUGUUGAGCAGAUUGCUUCGUUCUCACAUUAAAGUCGACAUACUAGCAUAUACAUGAACUGAAGCGAUAUUGACACCAUGAGCUCACCUGUACUAGAUACAGAAAAUGGCAAGGGUCAUGAUACCCUUGUUGAAUCUGAACAAAGACGCUGGAUCCCCUCGCAGCUCCACUGUCACCCCCGAUCAGUGUGCCGCCCAUCUAAAGCUCUUAGCAGCCUUCGCAGACCUGCGCGAUAGCAUUUCCACAGAAGAUGGUCUCUUCGGCCUACAUGACGCUCAAGCAGAAGAGUACCGGGAUGGGCGCAAUCACAUGCUUGCUAAAAUACGAGAAAAGCGAUGGGCUGUGUAUGUCAGCCGAGCGGCUGAGCGGUAUUUGGUUUGGUGGAGGGAGUGCAUUUCGAGUUCUGAGGGGCGGCCCACGCUCAAGACACUACAGAAUAUUCACUAUGGGAGCAUUACAGGAUGUUUGUCGAGGAUUUCUUGGAGCCAUCAAUAUAUGCCGCCUCUCGACGUCUUGAUGGUAUGGCAUGCCCACAUGCUUAAUCCGCGAUCCUUUCUCGAAGACUGCAUCCGUUACGGCAAAAUGAACUUCUGGGAAACUGGCUUCCCCUGGGCUGUUAUUAACAGAUGUUUGAACGAUAAGACCUUGGAAUACAAUGCAGGGGAAACCGCAAAAAGCAAAUUCGAACAGGCAACCAAACUAUCCUGGGAUAACCUCCAAGACCCGCUUCGAAAAGACAUCAAAUGCCCCAAUUGCGGAGCCCUAGUGCACGUCCGGUGGACAGCAGGACGCAUACCCCACCAAUCCGUCAUCCCAUUCGAACAGUUCCACGGCUUCGCGGAUAAGGGCUUCAACACGACCUGCUCCAAGUGCCGUUACGUUAUCACACAUGACAAAAUCAAGGUCGCCAGAUUCCGACGCGACAUCCAGAGACUGCUAGACCGAGACUCGCCAAUGCCAGGAACCCUCUACAACCUGAACGGCAUCCCAGAAGCAGCAGGAACCGCUAUAGUUGGCUUAGGGUCAUUCUUCCCCAACUGGCUCCUACGGGCCGUGGGAAAGGACAUACUCAUGGUCACGCACCCGCUGAUCAGCCGCUGCGAGAACAUGGCCGACAUACGCGACGAACUAGAAUCCAAGCUCAAAAACAUAGACGACCUCUUCAAAAAGGACGGCAGACCCCCUCGACGCCGCAUCAACCUAGAAGAAAAAGUCGCCUUCCGCCGAAUGAUGUCCCGCUACUGGGAAAACACAUCCGCCUUCUCCCUAGACCUCGUCGGCGCUGUUAUCCGCCAAGGAACCUUCGUCCAGAAAAUGGACAACAUCGACUGGCUGCACUCACCAACAGCCAUGGAAACAAUGACCCGCCUAAUCAACAAAUACAAAAUCUUCUUCCACAUCAUGGUCUCGAACCCGAAGCGCAUGGCCGUCCCAACCCUAGAUGUCGAUCUAGCCUGGCACACGCACCAACUCUCCCCCUCCCGCUACUUCCAAUACUCUGUCAUCAACUCAAACUUAUCCUCAGUAACACACAAACACGUCUUCAUCGACCACGACGACAAAGUCGGCGAAGACAAACUCUCCGACGGCUUCGAAUGGACAAGCAAAAUGUACAAAAAGUUCACAAACGGGGAACUCUACAGCGAAUGCACAUGCUGGUACUGCGAGGCAAUCAGAGCCCCAGACCUCCGCAGCGGAAUCUUCGUCUCCUCCGCUACAGCACGAGCCCGCGAAACCGCCGCAGCCCUACACGAUCGAGAAGAUAUCUCCCCAGACCCAGAGAAAAACCCACACAUCUCCACGCACAACGCCGUGAAACCAACAACGCUAACAAGCCACUACUUCAUCAAAAGAGGUCUGAAAGCAAUGCAACUCCAAACCAACUACGAGCGAGCCCGUCGCCGCGCCGAGAAACGUGAACGCAGAAACUCCAAGGAUGUCAAGAAUGAUACUGCCAACGGCAAGGACAAGGAGAAGGAAAGGAAUAGUUCCAAUGACGGUGGUCCUGCUACUACUGCGUUUCCGAUUGUUUGGGGUGUGCCGGUCUACAUACCGUACUAUGCGCCGUAUAUGUGUGAUCCUGGUGUUAAUUCUGAUGCGUAUGUGGGGAAUCCGGCUUGUAUGAACUUGGCGCCUGGGGGGCAUGGGAAUUGUGCGGCGGGGACGUGUGGUGGUGGUGUGGCUGCUGGGAGUUGUGGUGGUUCUGGAGGGGGGUUGUUGAGUUGGGUUUCAUAGCUACCCUGUUUCAUGCGCUAGAUUAUGCUAGAUCUGUUAAUUGUUAAUUGAGCAAGCCGAUUGGCUUUCGAAGGAUGUAAUAAUGAAUUUCAAGUUGAACCGAAUGAAGCUCGAAUGCGCACUGGGUAUUCAAA